AUGGCCGACGACACAAGGGAAACCGUCGAUGCCACCGCGCAACCACCACGCCCUAAGGCCCCCGCAAACAUAAUGCCCGGUGGCACCGCACACACAGCCGGCGGCGAAAAGAGUGAUGCAGGGGGUCCAAGCUACAUCGACGCUGUGCGGAGUCUAGGGCCCGAAUAUUAUUUGAACUUCCACAAGCGACCGUGUGUAAGAGACAGUCAAUUGCAAGGCAUUGCGGCUGGAUUUGCAGGAGGGAGUUUAGCGGCCAUAUUAGGAAAGCCGGUACGCGUAUCCUCCAAUUGGGCCGUGGCAACAUGGUGCGGCGUCUCGGUCGUCUCAUAUCAAGUAUGCCAAUACUACCGGAGUAAAGAGAAGGCUGGAAUAAAACAAGCACAGGAGCUUAUGGAGAAGAAACGAGCAACCAUAGAGGCGAAGAAAGAGGCGCGGCGGAGAGCAAGAGAAGAACACGAUCGGUUAGAAGAGAUGCGGAAACAAGAGGAAGAGAGGAAGCGAUCGUGGAGCUACUGGUACCAGAAGAAUGUCAAGUUCUGGUAG